GUCAAAUAAAUGAGCGGUUAUCCCAUCUGUAUCUGAUAGGGGCAUGGUUUGGAAAUAUAAAAAAUAGUCGGGAAGCAAAAACAAGGAGACAAGCGAACAAAACAUUUGGAAGAAUUCGCAGGCAAGACGAGCGAUUGAGAGGUUAAUUGAGUGACUUCCUGGUGUGCUGUUGGUCUUCAAGGAGAUAACCAGUUUUGCGGAAUGAAGGGUGGUCGUGUGAGAUGGGAUGAGGAUAAUCUGGGGGAAAUUGAAGCAAAUAAACCCGUAAGGCAGAAAAUUACUGAACCCAAGACACCAUAUCACCCCAGGAUUAAUGAUGAUGGUUCUCUGUCGCCUAUUCGGGGCAGCUUUAAUGAAUGUAUUGACUCUGUUACUGAUGCAAUGGAUGCUGAAGAAUUACGGACUGCUUUGAAUGAUGUUGCUUCUUCUAGUAAACAAACCAGUGGCCCAUCCGGCUGGUCAUCAUCAGAGGAUGAGGCAGAUCCUAUGGAACAAGAUGAAGAAGAUUCUGAAAUGGGUAGGAGUUUGAGUUUUAAGGAGCACAGAAAAGCACACUAUGACGAAUAUCUGACAGUAAAAGAACUCCGGCGUAAUGGUUCUGUGCUUGAUGAUGUAGACGAGGAUGAGGGUGAGAAGCAAAAUGAUGGAAGAUCUGCUUCAACUUCAUCAGUAAGUGCUGGUGUUAAGUGUAUAGACAUCGAGGGGGAGACUGCAAAUCUGCCCCAACAAUCUUCAGCACCACCAACUAAUGGAGCUUAGUAGCCGCCAUCUGGCCAAUGUGAGAUGUAAAGUGACUAUUUUGGCAUCUUUGCUUACAACAUAUCUCCGUGUAUGUUUACUAACAAU